CUUCAGAGAUAAGAUAUGCAAUCUUAAUUAAUAGCCAAAGAUCAAGAUUCAAUUUUGAUGCUGCCCAACUAAUUUUAGCAUAAAAUGAAAAUACAUGGUUUGAGGUUGCUUAGUACGGCCAUGACAUUAUAUUCAAAGAUUUGAAAUUAGGGGCAUGUGAAGCAAAUACAAAUGUAUAAAUUGCAAUAAUGCAACGUAAAACUGAAAGAAUUCCCGUGACUGAAGGGCGCAGUUGAAAUAUUAGGGGCAUCAACCGCGUGAGAAGAAGUUUUUGUUUAAAGGCAACUUCACAUGGGGAUUAGCAUGCAGCGAUGGACGGGAAUGCAACAACAAAACUUUCCAAUCAAAUACUUAGGUUGCCCUUUGUUUGUUGGAAGGCAACGGAUUGCAUAUUACUCAGAGAUGAUCACUAAAGUAACUAGCAGGAUAAGAGGCUGGCACUCUAGGUUAUUGUCUCCAGGGGGUAAAGCUACUUUGAUCAGACAUAUUUUUCUUGCCCUCCCUGUGCACCCGAUUUCAGCCUUACAACCUCCUAAGGGUGUUCUUGUUCAAAUAGAGAAAUUACUGGCAAAUUUUUUUUGGAGUUCUACAAAUGGCACAGUUAGACACCCCUGGGUUUCAUGGUCUAAUUUAUGUUAUCCAUGUGCGGAGGGGGGUGCGAAUUUCAGGAGCUUACAAGAUAUAUGUAAAGCACUCUCAUCCAAGAUAUGGUGGAAUCUAAGAAUGGGCAACUCUAUGUAGAGGGACUUUAUGCUAGCCAAAUACUGCAGCAGGUACCACCCUGUAGCCAAAAAACGUAGCACGGGGACAUCACAUAGUUGGAAACAGAUGUGUAAGAUCAAACAUAAAGUAGAGGAGCACAUGAUAUGGUUAGUGGGAAAUGGUGAAGUAUCGUUCUGGUAUGAUAAUUGGACUUCACUAGGACCACUUUGCAAGUAUCUGGGAGAUGAAGCGAGACCCAAAGACAUAAAGUUGAGGGACGUCUUCGUAAAUGGUGAAUGGAAUGAGAACAACACUGGAUUGACUUGGCCAGAAUCCUUAAAGAAUAUCGUGCAAAAUAUGAAUUUGGUCCUAUGUCCUGACAAGCCGGGCAAACCAAUAUGGGUACCAGAUAGCAGAGGAACCUUCACGACAUCAUCAGCAUAGAACAUAUUUAGACACAGAAGGGGACCUUCUACUAUGGAUAUUAGGAUUUGGCAUAAGUCAGUCCCUUUUAAAAUGGCCUUUCUCACAUGGAGAGCAAUUCAUGAUAGACUAUCUACGGGUGAGAGAGUAUCCAGGAUGGGUAUUUCUUUGGUGGAAAGAUGUUACUGUUGCAGAUCACCAACCCCUGAAACGACCGAAUAUUUAUUCUGCUUAGGAACUUUUGCAAAAACAAUAUGGUCUAAUUUUUGUGCUCCAUUUGGUAUUUCUUGCAGGGAUACUCACUUGUUACAAUUACUUCACUCCUGGUGGAACCUCAGAGUUUUGAAUAUAGUAGCUUCUUUUAUAGCCAAGAUAUUGCCGCAAAUAAUUAUGUGGGAAUUGUGGAGGUCAAGGUGUGCCAGCAAGUACGGCUCUGAGCUCCCUUCUAUCCCAAGAUCUAUGGCUAUAAUCUCUUUCAAUCUCUCAUGUUUGGUUCAACAGAAAUUCGGACAGUUACAGAUGGAAACAAUAUGGGAAAAGCUGCAAAGAAUUGUUGACCAACCUAUUACUCAUAGAAUGUACAAAGUGGUGAAGUGGUCUAGACCUCCUCCUUUUUACUACAAGCUUAACAGUGAUGGAAGUUGUGUGGAAGGGGCUUGUGGAGCUGGUGGAGUAAUUAGAGACUGCAAUGGAACACUUGUCAUGGCGUACUCAGUAUACUUUGGUCAAGGGACGAGCAAUUGGGCGGAAGGGCAUACCAUGCUCUUGGGACUAUAACAUUGUAUAUCGAGAGGAUUGGAUAAAAUAAUAGUGGAAGCUGAUUCAAAGGUGUUAGUUUCUGCGGUCAAUGAAGAAUCAAGCACACUAUGGAGGCUGUUGCAAAUUGUGAAUAAAAUCAAGCAGAUUGUAAGUGAAAAAGGAGCAGCAGUAAAGCAUUGCUACAGAGAAGCGAAUAAAGUCGCAAACAAACUAGCAUCAACAAGCCAUCUCCACAAGCAGGCCAUUGUAUUUUCGGACUUUACUGGAUUGCCGAGACAAAUCAGAGGGUUGCACCAGCUGGAUAGAUGGGAAAUGGCGUCCUUUCGAAUCAGACAAAGGAAAAUUUCAGAGAUAUAUUUUGAACCACCUUAAGGUGUCCUGCUAGAUAGUAGUCUAUGUAUUUUCUUUGUAGUAACUAGCAACAGAGCAUGUGCACCAAACUAACAAAGAUACGAAAGGGUCAGGUGAAUGCCCCCAUUCCCAAAAUGUAGCAGCUCUUUCCACUCGUUAAUAAAAGUUUUGAUUAGUUAAAAAAAAAAACAAAAAAAAAAC